AUGCUAUUUAAUAGCUAUACUUCUAUACUAAGUCUCUCUAUUGCUAGGGAAAGUAUAAUAACUCUCUUCGAUCUAGUUCUUAACGCUAGUUCAGCAGCCUGCCUCCCUGUAAUUAAUGCUACUAUUGUUCGGGUGUAUAGUAUCUUUUUCUCCAAGAAGAAUAAAGAACUCUUAGAUCAGUCUAUUAAUAAAUAUAUCGCGCUCUUAGAUCCUUAUAUUAGUAAAGUGACUAAGAAAUUUCUCGAAGUCGGCUAUUAUACCGGGAUUUCCCUAUAUUAUUCCCUCUUGGGCUACGGAGUGGAAAUAAAUUUUAUUAUAAGAGAGAUCUCGCCACUAUCUGAAGAGGGUGAUACUAUAGGCUCUAUUAGUACUAGCAGCGUUACUGGCGCUAACGAGGUUGUCCUUAACGAGAUGUUCCCCAAGGUAUGCGAUUUCGCGAUGAAAAUCUAUAAAAUAGUUGCUAAACGUUUUAGAGACCUAAACAUACUGCCCUUUAUUUAUACUUUCCUAGCCUUUAUGUGGCAUAUGAGCAAAUUCCCUGCUGCUAUAGAGUAA